UUUCUUGUGCUGUGGGGCUUAGAAAUAGUGCAUUCAUCCUGUAUCAAAUCGAUAAGGAAUCACGCGUGACAUAGAUAUUUGAAGAAAACUUGAUAACAGACAUUCAACCUCUUAGUCUUCUGACCAAGAAGACUACUGAGAACAUCGGAGAUAAGUAAACAAAUCAUAUAGAAAACGAUAUUGUGACGUCAUGAAGAACUGUGUGAAGAUGAGUUACAAGGUGGUAGUAGUGUUGUACUUACAAAUCGCUGCGAUGUUUAGUGCUCCAGUACAGCUGCAAGUCAUGCCAAUGCAGUACGGGAUGCAGCCUCAACUGCCUUUCCUGAAGAACAUGGUGCCAAAUAUGCAAGCUCCUUCUGCAUAUCCACAACAGCCAUUAAUGUUCCUUCUGCCAAACGCCGCACCCAAAUCAGAUGCAGACACCAGAUAUGUAAACCUAAACGAACCAGAGAAUAACAGUCUCAAAAUAAACGCUGGCCAUAUAGAUGAAGGCAAAGACGCCGUAGUCAUUGAUGCUAUUCCAAAAGCUACGGAAGCUGAAACACGAAAUGCAGUCGUAUACCUUCCGGAUGAAGGUAGAUUUUCGAUCGGCCAAAUUAUUUCGUACAUUCCUUUUUUACCUAUUGAAGUGAAUGUACCUGAUACCAUAUCCUGGAUUACUAGCAUUCUGACUGGAGGAUGGUUCAGGCCUCAAAACCCACCAGCUAGUGUUGGUAAUGUCAAGCGGCUCUCUAAUGCUCCCGUUCCUGUCAUAGUGGUACCGUACCCAGCACCAAUGCCACAGGUUUGAUUCAAUGGAACGAUUGGAGCGAGGAAGACUGAUUGUAAAUUAUUGUAAUGUAAGUUUAUCAAGAGGUAGCUAGCUGGUUUUAUUGGUAUCGUGUUGUCAAUAAAUGUAGUAUUUAUUUCA